CCCCAUUCUCCCGCUUUCCAUCACCCCGCCCCAUUUUUCCGCUUUCCAUCACCCCGCCCCAUUCUCCCGCUUUCCAUCACCCUGCCCCAAUCUCCCGCUUUCCAUCACCCCGCCCCAUUCUCCCUCCUUCCACCACCCCGCCCCAUUCUCCCGCUUUCCAUCACCCCCCCCAAUUCUCCCGCUUUCCAUCACCCCGCCCCAUUCUCCCGCUUUCCAUCACCCUGCCCCAAUCUCCCGCUUUCCAUCACCCCGCCCCAUUCUCCCUCCUUCCACCACCCCGCCCCAUUCUCCCGCUUUCCAUCACCCCCCCCAAUUCUCCCGCUUUCCAUCACCCAGCCCCAUUCUCCCGCUUUCCAUCACCCCGCCCCAUUCUCCUGCUUUCCAUCACCCUGCCCCAUUCUCCCGCUUUCCAUCACCCCGCCCCAUUCUCCCUCCUUCCAUCACCCCGCCCCAUUCUCCCACUUUCCAUCACCCCGCCCCACUCUCCCGCUUCCCAUAACCCCACCCCAUUCUCCCGCUUUCCAUCACCCCACCACAUUUUCCCGUUUUCUAUCACCCCGCCCCAUUCUCCCUCCUUCCAUCACCCCGCCCCAUUCUCCCGCUUUCCAUCACCCCGCCCCAUUCUCCCGAUUUCCGUCACCCGCCCCAUUCUCCCGAUUUCCAUCACCCCGCCCCAUUCUCCCGCUUUCCAUCACCCCGCCCCAUUCUCCCGCAUUCCAUCAUCCCGCCCCAUUCUCCCUCCUUCCAUCACCCCGCCCCAUUCUCCCGCUUUCCAUCACUCCGCCCCAUUCUCCCUCCUUCCAUCACCCCGCCCCAUUCUCCCUCCUUCCAUCACCCCGCCCCAUUCUCCCGCUUUCCAUCACCCCGCCCCAUUCUCCCGCUUCCCAUAACCCCACCCCAUUCUCCCGCUUUCCAUCACCCCGCCACAUUCUCCCACUUUCCAUCACCCCGCCCCCUUCUCUCUCCUUCCAUCACCCCGCCCCAUUCUUCCUCCUUCCAUCACCCCGCCCCAUUCUCCCGCUUUUCAUCAGCCCGCCCCAUUCUCCCGCUCUCCAUCACCCCUCCCCUUUCUCCCGCUUUCCAUCUCCCCGCCCCAUUCUCCCGCUUUCCAUCACCCCGCCCCAUUCUCCCGCUUUCCAUCACCCCGCCCCAUUCUUCCCCUUCCCAUCAUCCCGCCCCAUUCCCCCGCUUUCCAUCACCCCGCCCCCUUCUCUCUCCUUCCAUCACCCCGCCCCAUUCUCCCUCCUUCCAUCACCCCGCCCCAUUCUCUCGCUUUCCAUCACCCCGCCCCCCCCAUUCUCCUUCCUUCCAUCACCUCGCUCCAUUCUCCCGCUUUCCAUCACCCCGCCUCAUUCUUCCGCUUCCCAUAACCCCACCCUAUUCUCCCGCUUUCCAUCACCCCGCCACAUUUUCCCACUUUCCAUCAUCCCGCCCCCUUCUCUCUCCUUCCAUCACCCUGCCCCAUUCUCCCUCCUUCCAUCACCCCGCCCCAUUCUUCCGCUUUCCAUCACCCGCCCCAUUCUCCUGCUUUCCAUCACCUCGCCCCAUUCUCCCGCUUUCCAUCACCCCGCCCCAUUCUUUCCAUCACCCGCCCCAUUCUCCCGCUUUCCAUCACCCCGCCCCAUUCUCCCGCUUUCCAUCACCCCGCUCCAUUCUCCCGCUUUCCAUCACCCCGCCCCAUUCUCCCGCUUUCCAUCACCCCGCCCCAUUCUCCCGCUUUCCAUCACUCCGGCCCGUUCUCCCGCUUUCCAUCACCCCGACCCAUUCUCCCACUUUCCAUCACCCCGCCCCAUUCUCCCUCCUUCCAUCACGCUGCCUCAUUCUCCCUCCUUCCAUCACCCUGCCCCAUUCUCCCGCUUUCCAUCACCCCGCCCCAUUCUCCCGCUUUCCAUCACCCUGCCCCAAUCUCCCGCUUUCCAUCACCGCGCCCCAUUCUCCCUCCUUCCAUCACCCCGCCCCAUUCUCCCGCUUUCCAUCACCCCGCCUCAUUCUCCCGCUUUCCAUCACCCAGCCCCAUUCUCCCGCUUUCCAUCACCCCGCCCCAUUCUCCCGCUUUCCAUCACCCCGCCGCAUUCUCCCUCUUUCCAUCACCCCUCCUCAUUCUCCCUCUUUCCAUCACCCCGCCCCAUUCUCCCUCUUUCCACCACCCUGCUCCAUUCUCCCGCUAUCCAUCACCCCGUCCCAUUCUCCCUCUUUCCAUCACCCCUCCCCGUUCUCCCGCUUUCCAUCACCCCGCCCUAUUCUCCGUCUUUCCAUCACCCCGCCCCAGUCUCCCACUUUCAAUCACCCCGCCCCAUUCUCCCGCUUUCCAUCACCCCGCCCCAUUCUCCCCCUUUCCAUCACCCCGCCCCAUUCUCCCACUUUCCAUCACCCCGCCCCAUUCUCCCGAUUUCCAUCACCCCUCCCCAUUGUCCCACUUUCCAUCACCCCGCCCCAUUCUCCCUCUUUGCAUCAGCCCGCCCCAUUCUCCCUCUUUCCAUCACCCCGCCCCAUUCUCCCGCUUUCCAUCACCCCGCCCCAUUCUCCCGCUUUCCGUCACCCCGCCCCAUUCUCCCGCUUUCCAUCACCCCGCCCCAUUCUCCCACUUUCCAUCACCCCGCCCCAUUCUCCCGCUUUCCAUCACCCCGCCCCAUUCUCCCGCUCUCUAUCACCCCGCCCCAUUCUCCUGCUUUCCAUCACCCCGCCCCAUUCUCCCGCUCUCCAUCACCCCGCCCCAUUCUCCCGCUCUCCAUCACCUUGCCCCAUUCUCCCGCUUUCCAUCAUCCCGCCCCAUUCUCCCACUUUCCAUCAUCCCGCCCCAUUCUCCCUCCUCCCAUCACGUCGCCCCAUUCUCCCGCUUUCCAUCACCCCGCCUCAUUCUCCUGCUUUCCAUCACCCCGCCCCAUUCUCCCUCCUUCCAUCACCCUGCCCCAUUCGCCCUCCUUCCAUCACCCCGGCCCAUUCUCCCGCUUUCCAUCACCCCGCCCCAUUCUCCUGCUUUCCAUCACCCCGCCCCAUUCUCCCGCUUUCUAUCACACCGCCCCAUACUCCCUCCUUCCAUCACCCCGCCCCAUUCUCCCUCCUUCCAUCACCCCACCCCAUUCUCCUGCUUUCCAUCUCCCCGCCCUAUUCUUCCGCAUUCCAUCACCCAGCCCCAUUCUCCCGCUUUUCAUCACCUCGCCCCAUUUUCCUGCUUUCCGUCACCCCGCCCCAUUCUCCCGCUAUCCAUCACCCCGCCCCAUUCCCCCGCUUUCCAUCACCCCUCCCCAUUCUCCCGCUUUCCAUCACCCCGCCCCGUUCUCCCGCUAUCCAUCACCCCGCCCCAUUCUCCCGCUUUCAAUCACCCCGCCCCAUUCUCCCGCUUUCCAUCACCCCGCACCAUUCUCCCGCUUUCCAUCACCCCGCCCCAUUCCCCCUCCUUCCAUCACCCCGUCCCAUUCUCCCGCUUUCCAUCACCCCGCCCAAUUCUCCCGCUUUCCAUCACCACGCCUUAUUCUCCCGCUUUCCAUCACCCCGCCCCAUUCUCCCGCUUUCCAUCACCCCGCCCCAUUCUCCCGCUUUCCAUCACCCCGCCUCAUUCUCCCUUCUUCCAUCACCUCGCCCCAUUCUCCCCCCUUCCAUCACCCCGCCCCAUUCUCCUGCUUUCCAUCACCCCGCCCCAUUCUUCCGCAUUUCAUCACCCAGCCCCAUUCUCCCGCUUUCCAUCACCCCGCCCCAUUUUCCCGCUUUCCGUCACCCCGCCCCAUUCUCCCGCUAUCCAUCACCCCGCCCCAUUCCCCCACUUUCCAUCACCCCGCCCCAUUCUCCCGCUUUCCAUCACCCCGCCCCAUUCUCCCGCUUUCCAUCACCCCGCCCCAUUCUCCCGCUUUCCAUCACCCCUCCCCAUUCUCCUGCUUUCCAUCACCCUGCCCCAUUCUCCCUCCUUCCAUGACCCCGCCCCAUUCUCCCUCCUUCCAUUACCCCGCCCCAUUCUCCCGCUUUCCAUCAACCCGCCCCAUUCUCCCGCUUUCCAUCACCCCGUCGCAUUCUCCCGCUUUCCAUCACCACGCCCCAUUCUCCAGCUUUCCAUCACCCCGUCCCAUUCUCCCUCUUUCCAUCACCCCGCCCCAUUCUCCCGCUUUCCAUCACCCCGCCCGAUUCUCCCGCUUUGCAUCACCCCGCCCCAUUCUCCCGCUAUCCAUCACCCCGCCCCAUUCUCCCGCUUUCCAUCACCCCGCACCAUUCUCCCACUUUCCAUCACCCCGCACCAUUCUCCCGCUUUCCAUCACACCGCCCCAUUCCCCCUCCUUCCAUCACCCCGCCCCAUUCUCCCCCUUUCCAUCACCCCGCCCAAUUCUCCCGCUUUCCAUCACCACGCCUUAUUCUCCCGCUUUCCAUCACCCCGCCCCAUUCUCCCGCUUUCCAUCACCCCGCCCCAUUCUCCCGCUUUCCAUCACCCCGCCCCAUUCUCCCUUCUUCCAUCACCUCGCCCCAUUCUCCCUCCUUCCAUCACCCCGCCCCAUUCUCCUGCUUUCCAUCACCCGGCCCCAUUCUUCCGCAUUUCAUCACCCAGCCCCAUUCUCCCGCUUUCCAUCACCCCGCCCCAUUUUCCUGCUUUCCGUCGCCCCGCCCCAUUCUCCUGCUAUCCAUCACCCCGCCCCAUUCCCCCACUUUCCAUCACCCCGCCCCAUUCUCCCGCUUUCCAUCACCCCGCCCCAUUCUCCCGCUUUCCAUCACCCCGCCCCAUUCUCCCGCUUUCCAUCACCCCUCCCCAUUCUCCUGCUUUCCAUCACCCUGCCCCAUUCUCCCUCCUUCCAUGACCCCGCCCCAUUCUCCCUCCUUCCAUUACCCCGCCCCAUUCUCCUCCUUUCCAUCACCCCACCCCAUUCUCCCGCUUUCCAUCACCCCGUCCCAUUCUCCAGCUUUCCAUCACCCCGUCCCAUUCUCCCUCUUUCCAUCACCCCGCCCCAUUCUCCCUCAUUCCAUCACCCCGCCCCAUUCUCCCGCUUUCCAUCACCCCGCCCCAUUCUCCCGCUUCCCAUAACCCCACCCCAUUCUCUCGCUUUCCAUCACCCCGCCACAUUUUCCCACUUUCCAUCACCCCGCCCCCUUCUCUCUCCUUCCAUCACCCCGCCCCAUUCUCCCUCCUUCCAUCACCCCGCCCCAUUCUCCCGCUUUCCAUCAGCCCGCCCCAUUCUCCCGCUUUCCAUCACCCCGCCCCAUUCUUCCGCUUCCCAUCAUCCCGCCCCAUUCCCCCGCUUUCCAUCACCCCUCCCCAUUCUCCCUCCUUCCAUGACCCCGCCCCAUUCUCCCUCCUUCCAUUACCCCGCCCCAUUCUCCCGCUUUCCAUCAACCCGCCCCAUUCUCCCGCUUUCCAUCACCCCGUCGCAUUCUCCCGCUUUCCAUCACCACGCCCCAUUCUCCAGCUUUCCAUCACCCCGUCCCAUUCUCCCUCUUUCCAUCACCCCGCCCCAUUCUCCUGCUUUCCAUCACCCCGCCCGAUUCUCCCGCUUUCCAUCACCCCGCCCCAUUCUCCCGCUAUCCAUCACCCCGCCCCAUUCUCCCGCUUUCCAUCACCCCGCACCAUUCUCCCACUUUCCAUCACCCCGCACCAUUCUCCCGCUUUCCAUCACCCCGCCCCAUUCCCCCUCCUUCCAUCACCCCGCCCCAUUCUCCCUCUUUCCAUCACCCCGCCCAAUUCUCCCGCUUUCCAUCACCACGCCUUAUUCUCCCGCUUUCCAUCACCCCGCCCCAUUCUCCCGCUUUCCAUCACCCCGCCCCAUUCUCCCGCUUUCCAUCACCCCGCCCCAUUCUCCCUUCUUCCAUCACCUCGCCCCAUUCUCCCUCCUUCCAUCACCCCGCCCCAUUCUCCUGCUUUCCAUCACCCGGCCCCAUUCUUCCGCAUUUCAUCACCCAGCCCCAUUCUCCCGCUUUCCAUCACUCCGCCCCAUUUUCCUGCUUUCCCUUUCCAUCACCCCGUCCCAUUCUCCCUCUUUCCAUCACCCCGCCCCAUUCUCCCUCAUUCCAUCACCCCGCCCCAUUCUCCCGCUUUCCAUCACCCCGCCCCAUUCUCCCGCUUCCCAUAACCCCACCCCAUUCUCUCGCUUUCCAUCACCCCGCCACAUUUUCCCACUUUCCAUCACCCCGCCCCCUUCUCUCUCCUUCCAUCACCCCGCCCCAUUCUCCCUCCUUCCAUCACCCCGCCCCAUUCUCCCGCUUUCCAUCAGCCCGCCCCUUUCUCCCGCUUUCCAUCACCCCGCCCCAUUCUUCCGCUUCCCAUCAUCCCGCCCCAUUCCCCCGCUUUCCAUCACCCCUCCCCAUUCUCCCUCCUUCCAUCACCCCGCCCCAUUCUCCCCCUUUCCAUUACCCGCCCCAUUCUCCCGCUUUCCAUCACCUCGCCCCAUUCUCCCGCUUUCCAUCACCCCGCCCCAUUCUUAUGCUUUCCAUCACCCCGCCCCAUUCUCCCGCAUUCCAUCACCCUGCCCCAUUCACUGCUUUCCAUCACCCACCCCAUUCUCCCGCUUUCCAUCACCCCGCCCCAUUCUCCCGCUUUCCAUCACCCCGCCCCAUUCUCCUGCUUUCCAUCACCCCGCCCCAUUCUCCCGCUUUCCAUCACCCCGCCCCAUUCUCCCGCUUUCCAUCACUCCGCCCCAUUCUCCCGCUUUCCAUCACCCCGACCCAUUCUCCCACUUUCCAUCACCCUGCCCCAUUCUCCCUCCUUCCAUCACCCCGCCUCAUUCUCCCUCCUUCCAUCACCCCGCCCCAUUCUCCCGCUUUCCAUCACCCCGCCCCAUUCUCCCGCCUUCCAUCACCCAGCCCCAUUCUCCCGCUUUCCAUCACCCCGCCCCAUUUUCCCGCUUUCCAUCACCCCGCCCCAUUCUCCCGCUUUCCAUCACCCUGCCCCAAUCUCCCGCUUUCCAUCACCCCACCCCAUUCUCCCUCCUUCCAUCACCCCGCCCCAUUCUCCUGCUUUCCAUCACCCCGCCCCAUUCUCCCGCUUUCCCCCGCCCCAUUCUCCCGCUUUCCAUCACCCCGCCCCUUUCUCCCGCUUUCCAUCUCCCCGCCCCAUUCUCCCGCUUUCCAUCACCCCGCCCCAUUCUCCCGCUUUCCAUCACCCCGCCCCAUUCUUCCGCUUCCAUUAUCCCGCCCCAUUCCCCCGCUUUCCAUCACCCCUCCCCAUUCUCCCUCCUUCCAUCACCCCGCCCCAUUCUCCCCCUUUCCAUCAACCGCCCCAUUCUCCCGCUUUCCAUCACCUCGCCCCAUUCUCCCGCUUUCCAUCACCCCGCCCCAUUCUCCCGCUUUCUAUCACCCCGCCCCAUUCUCCCGCUUUCCAUCACCCUGCCCCAUUCUCCCGCUUUCCAUCCGGCCCCGUUCUCCCGCUUUCCAUCACCCCGCCCCAUUCUCCCGCUUUCCAUCACUCCGCCCCAUUCUCCCGCUUUCCAUCACCCCGACUUAUUCUCCCACUUUCCAUCACCCCGCCCCAUUCUCCCGCUUUCCAUCACCCCGCCCCAUUCUCCCGCUUUCCAUCACCCUGCCCCAAUCUCCCGCUUUCCAUCAUCCCACCCCAUUCUCCCUCCUUCCAUCACCCCGCCCCAUUCUCCCACUUUCCAUCACCCCGCCCCAUUCUCCCGCUUUCCAUCACCCAGCCCCAUUCUCCCGCUUUCCAUCAUCCCGCCCCAUUCUCCCGCUUUCCAUCACCCCGCCCCAUUCUCCCUCCUUCCAUCACCCCGCCCCAUUCUCCCGCUUCCCAUAACCCCACCCCCUUCUCCUGCUUUCCAUCACCCGCCACAUUCUCCCGCUUUCUAUCACCCCGCCCCAUUCUCCCUCCUUCCAUCAACCCGCCCCAUUCUCCCGCUUUCCAUCACCCCGCCCCAUUCUCCCGAUUUCCAUCACCCCGCCCCAUUCUCCCGCUUUCCAUCACCCCGCCCCAUUCUCCCGCUUUCCAUCACCCUGCCCCAUUCUCCCGCUUUCCAUCAUCCCGCACCACUCUCCCUCCUUCCAUCACCCCGCCCCAUUCUCCCGCUUUCCAUCACUCCGCCCCAUUCUCCCUCCUUCCAUCACCCCGCCCCAUUCUCCCUCCUUCCAUCACCCCGCCCCAUUCUCCCGCUUUCCAUCACCCCUCCCCAUUCUCCCGCUUCCCAUAACCCCACCCCAUUCUCCCGCUUUCAAUCACCCCGCCACAUUCUCCCACUUUCCAUCACCCCGCCCCCUUCUCUCUCCUUCCAUCACCCCGCCCCAUUCUCCCUCCUUCCAUCACCCCGCCCCAUUCUCCCGCUUUCCAUCACCCCGCCCCAUUCUCCCGCUUUCCAUCACCCAGCCCCAUUCUCCCGCUUUCCAUCACCCCGCCCCAUUCUCCCGCUUUCCAUCACCCCGCCCCAUUCUUCCGCUUCCAUUAUCCCGCCCCAUUCCCCCGCUUUCCAUCACCCCUCCCCAUUCUCCCUCCUUCCAUCACCCCGCCCCAUUCUCCCCCUUUCCAUCAACCGCCCCAUUCUCCCGCUUUCCAUCACCUCGCCCCAUUCUCCCGCUUUCCAUCACCCCGCCCCAUUCUCCCGCUUUCUAUCACCCCGCCCCAUUCUCCCGCUUUCCAUCACCCUGCCCCAUUCUCCCGCUUUCCAUCCGGCCCCGUUCUCCCGCUUUCCAUCACCCCGCCCCAUUCUCCCGCUUUCCAUCACUCCGCCCCAUUCUCCCGCUUUCCAUCACCCCGACUUAUUCUCCCACUUUCCAUCACCCCGCCCCAUUCUCCCGCUUUCCAUCACCCCGCCCCAUUCUCCCGCUUUCCAUCACCCUGCCCCAAUCUCCCGCUUUCCAUCAUCCCACCCCAUUCUCCCUCCUUCCAUCACCCCGCCCCAUUCUCCCACUUUCCAUCACCCCGCCCCAUUCUCCCGCUUUCCAUCACCCAGCCCCAUUCUCCCGCUUUCCAUCAUCCCGCCCCAUUCUCCCGCUUUCCAUCACCCCGCCCCAUUCUCCCUCCUUCCAUCACCCCGCCCCAUUCUCCCGCUUCCCAUAACCCCACCCCCUUCUCCUGCUUUCCAUCACCCGCCACAUUCUCCCGCUUUCUAUCACCCCGCCCCAUUCUCCCUCCUUCCAUCAACCCGCCCCAUUCUCCCGCUUUCCAUCACCCCGCCCCAUUCUCCCGAUUUCCAUCACCCCGCCCCAUUCUCCCGCUUUCCAUCACCCCGCCCCAUUCUCCCGCUUUCCAUCACCCUGCCCCAUUCUCCCGCUUUCCAUCAUCCCGCACCACUCUCCCUCCUUCCAUCACCCCGCCCCAUUCUCCCGCUUUCCAUCACUCCGCCCCAUUCUCCCUCCUUCCAUCACCCCGCCCCAUUCUCCCUCCUUCCAUCACCCCGCCCCAUUCUCCCGCUUUCCAUCACCCCUCCCCAUUCUCCCGCUUCCCAUAACCCCACCCCAUUCUCCCGCUUUCAAUCACCCCGCCACAUUCUCCCACUUUCCAUCACCCCGCCCCCUUCUCUCUCCUUCCAUCACCCCGCCCCAUUCUCCCUCCUUCCAUCACCCCGCCCCAUUCUCCCGCUUUCCAUCACCCCGCCCCAUUCUCCCGCUUUCCAUCACCCAGCCCCAUUCUCCCGCUUUCCAUCACCCCGCCCCAUUCUCCCGCUUUCCAUCACCCCGCCCCAUUCUUCCGCUUCCAUUAUCCCGCCCCAUUCCCCCGCUUUCCAUCACCCCUCCCCAUUCUCCCUCCUUCCAUCACCCCGCCCCAUUCUCCCCCUUUCCAUCACUCGCCCCAUUCUCCCGCUUUCCAUCACCUCGCCCCAUUCUCCCGCUUUCCAUCACCCCGCCCCAUUCUCCCGCUUUCCAUCACCCCGCCCCAUUCUCCCGCUUUCCAUCACCCUGCCCCAUUCUCCCGCUUUCCAUCCGGCCCUGAUCUCCCGCUUUCCAUCACCCCGCCCCAUUCUCCCGCUUUCCAUCACUCCCCCGCCCCCCCGCCCCAUUCUCCCGCUUUCCAUCACCCCUCCCCUUUCUCCCGCUUUCCAUCUCCCCGCCCCAUUCUCCCGCUUUCCAUCACCCCGCCCCAUUCUCCCGCUUUCCAUCACCCCGCCCCAUUCUUCCGCUUCCCAUCAUCUCGCCCCAUUCCCCCGCUUUCCAUCACCCCUCCCCAUUCUCCCUCCUUCAAUCACCCCGCCCCAUUCUCUCGCUUUACAUCACCCCGCCCCAUUCUCCCGCUUUCCAUCACGCCGCCCCAUUCUCCCGCUUUCCAUCACCCCGCCCCAUUCUCCCUCCUUCCAUCACCCCGCCCCAUUCUCCCGCUUUCCAUCACCCCGCCCCAUUCUCCCUCCUUCCAUCACCUCGCCCCAUUCUCCCUCAUUCCAUCACCCCGCCCCGAUCUCCCGCUUUCCAUCACCCCGCCCCAUUCUCCCGCUUCCCAUAACCCCACCCCAUUCUCACGCUUUCCAUCACCCCGCCACAUUUUCCCACUUUCCAUCACCCCGCCCCCUUCUCUCUCCUUCCAUCACCCCGCCCCAUUCUCCCUCCUUCCAUCACCCUGCCCCAUUCUCCCGCUUUCCAUCAGCCCGCCCCAUUCUCCCGCUUUCCAUCAUCCCGCCCCUUUCUCCCGCUUUCCAUCUCCCCGCCCCAUUCUCCUGCUUUCCAUCACCCCGCCCCAUUCUCCCGCUUUCCAUCACCCCGCCCCAUUCUUCCGCUUCCCAUCAUCCCGCCCCAUUCCACCGCUUUCCAUCACCCCUCCCCAUUCUCCCUCCUUCCAUCACCCUGCCCCAUUCUCUCGCUUUCCAUCACCCCGCCCCAUUCUUCCGCUUUCCAUCACCCGCCCCAUUCUCCCGCUUUCCACCACCUCGCCCCAUUUUCCCGCUUUCCAUCACUCCGCCCCAUUCUUCUGCUUUCCAUCACCCCGCCCCAUUCUCCCGCUUUCCAUCACCCCGCCCCAUUCUCCCUCCUUCCAUCACCCCGCCCCAUUCUCCCUCCUUCCAUCACCCCGCCCCAUUCUCCCGCUUUCCAUCACCCCGCCACAUUCUCCCGCUUUCUAUCACCCCGCCCCAUUCUCCCUCCUUCUAUCACCCCGCCCCAUUCUCCCGCUUUCCACCACCCCGCCCUAUUCUCCCGAUUUCCAUCACCCCGCCCCAUUCUCCCGCUUUCCAUCAUCCCGCCCCAUUCUCCCUCCUUCCAUCACCCCGCCCCAUUCUCCCGCUUUCCAUCACUCCGCCCCAUUCUCCCUCCUUCCAUCACCCCGCCCCAUUCUCCCUCCUUCCAUCACCCCGCCCCAUUCUCCCGCUUUCCAUCACCCCGCCCCAAUCUCCUGCUUCCCAUAACCCCACCCCAUUUUCCCGCUUUCCAUCACCCCGCCACAUUCUCCCACUUUCCAUCACCCCGCCCCCUUCUCUCUCCUUCCAUCACCCCGCCCCAUUCUCCCUCCCUCCAUCACCCCGCCCCAUUCUCCCGCUUUCCAUCAGCCCGCCCCAUUCUCCCGCUUUCCAUCACCCCUCCCCUUUCUCCCGCUUUCCAUCUCCCCGCGCCAUUCUCCCGCUUUCCAUCACCCCGCCCCAUUCUCCCGCUUUCCAUCACCCCGCCUCAUUCUUCCGCUUCCCAUCAUCCCGCCCCAUUCCCCCGCUUUCCAUCACCCCUCCCCAUUCUCCCUCCUUCCAUCACCCUGCCCCAUUCUCUCGCUUUCCAUCACCCCGCCCCAUUCUCCCGCUUUCCAUCACGCCGCCCCAUUCUCCUGCUUUCCAUCACCCCGCCCCAUUCUCCCUCCUUCCAUCACUCCGCCCCAUUCUCCCGCUUUCCAUCACCCCGCCCCAUUCUCCUUUCUUCCAUCACCCCGCCCCAUUCUCCCUCAUUCCAUUACCCCGCCCUAUUCUCCCGCUUUCCAUCACCCCGCCCCAUUCUCCCGCUUCCCAUAACCCCACCCCAUUCUCCCGCUUUCCAUCACCCCGCCACAUUUUCCCACUUUCCAUCACCCCGCCCCCUUCUCUCUCCUUCCAUAACCCCGCCUCAUUCUCCUUCCUUCCCUCACCCCGCCCCAUUCUCCCGCUUUCCAUCAGCCCGCCCCAUUCUCCCGCUUUCCAUCACCCCGCUUCUUUCUCCCGCUUUCCAUCUCCCCGCCCCAUUCUCCCACUUUCCAUCACCCCGCCCCAUUCUCCCGCUUUCCAUCACCCCGCCCCAUUCUUCCGCUUCCCAUCAUCCCGCCCCAUUCCACCACUUUCCAUCAACCCUCCCCAUUCUCCCUCCUUCCAUCACCCCGCCCCAUUCUUCCGCUUUCGAUCACCCGCCCCAUUCUCCCGCUUUCCAUCACAUCGCCCCAUUCUCCCGCUUUCCAUCACCCCGCCCCAUUCUUUUGCUUUCCAUCACCCCGCCCCAUUCUCCCGCUUUCCAUCACCCUGCCCCAUUCACCCGCUUUCCAUUACCCGCCCCAUUCUCCCGCUUUCCAUCACCCCGCCCCAUUCUCCCGCUUUCCAUCACACCGCUCCAUUCUCUCGCUUUCCAUCACCCCGCCCCAUUCUCCCGCUUUCCAUCACCCCGCCCCAUUCUCCCGCUUUGCAUCACUCCGACCCAUUCUCCCGCUUUCCAUCACCCCGACCCAUUCUCCCACUUUCCAUCACCCCAGCCCCAUUCUCCCUCCUUCCAUCACCCCGCCUCAUUCUCCCUCCUUCCAUCACCCCGCCCCUUUCUCCCGCUUUCCAUCACCUCGCCCCAUUCUCCCGCUUUCCAUCACCCAGCCCCAUUCUCCCGCUUUCCAUCACCCCGCCCCAUUUUCCCGCUUUCCAUCACCCCGCCCCAUUCUCCCGCUUUCCAUCACCCUGCCCCAAUCUCCCGCUUUCCAUCACCCCGCCCCAUUCUCCCUCCUUCCAUCACCCCGCCCCAUUCUCCCGCUUUCCAUCACCCCGCCCCAUUCUCCUGCUUUCCAUCACCCAGCCCCAUUCUCCCGCUUUCCAUCACCCCGCCCCAUUCUCCCGCUUUCCAUCACCCCACCCCAUUCUCCCUCCUUCCAUCACCCUGCCACAUUCUCCCUCCUUCCAUCACCCCGCCUCAUUCUCCCUCCUUCCAUCACCCCGCCCCUUUCUCCCGCUUUCCAUCACCUCGCCCCAUUCUCCCGCUUUCCAUCACCCAGCCCCAUUCUCCCGCUUUCCAUCACCCCGCCCCAUUUUCCCGCUUUCCAUCACCCCGCCCCAUUCUCCCGCUUUCCAUCACCCUGCCCCAAUCUCCCGCUUUCCAUCACCCCGCCCCAUUCUCCCUCCUUCCAUCACCCCGCCCCAUUCUCCCGCUUUCCAUCACCCCGCCCCAUUCUCCUGCUUUCCAUCACCCAGCCCCAUUCUCCCGCUUUCCAUCACGCCGCCCCAUUCUCCUGCUUUCCAUCACCCCGCCCCAUUCUCCCUCCUUCCAUCACCCCGCCCCAUUCUCCCGCUUUCCAUCACCCCGCCCCAUUCUCCUUUCUUCCAUCACCCCGCUCCAUUCUCCCUCAUUCCAUUACCCCGCCCCAUUCUCCCGCUUUCCAUCACCCCGCCCCCCACAUUCUCCCGCUUUCCAUCACCCCGCCCCAUUUUCCCGCUUUCCAUCACCCCGCCCCAUUCUCCCGCUUUCCAUCACCCUGCCCCAAUCUCCCGCUUUCCAUCACCCCGCCCCAUUCUCCCUCCUUCCAUCACCCCGCCCCAUUCUCCCGCUUUCCAUCACCCCGCCCCAUUCUCCUGCUUUCCAUCACCCAGCCCCAUUCUCCCGCUUUCCAUCACCCCGCCCCAUUCUCCCGCUUUCCAUCACCCCACCCCAUUCUCCCUCCUUCCAUCACCCUGCCCCAUUCUCCCUCCUUCCAUCACCCUGCCCCAUUCUCCCGCUUUCCAUCACUCCGACCCAUUCUCCCACUUUCCAUCACCCCGCCCCAUUCUCCCUCCUUCCAUCACCCCGCCUCAUUCUCCCUCCUUCCAUCACCCCGCCCCUUUCUCCCGCUUUCCAUCACCUCGCCCCAUUCUCCCGCUUUCCAUCGCCCAGCCCCAUUCUCCCGCUUUCCAUCACCCCGCCCCAUUUUCCCGCUUUCCAUCACCCCGCCCCAUUCUCCCGCUUUCCAUCACCCUGCCCCAAUCUCCCGCUUUCCAUCACCCCGCCCCAUUCUCCCUCCUUCCAUCACCCCGCCCCAUUCUCCCGCUUUCCAUCACCCCGCCCCAUUCUCCUGCUUUCCAUCACCCAGCCCCAUUCUCCCGCUUUCCAUCACCCCGCCUCAUUCUCCCGCUUUCCAUCACCCCACCCCAUUCUCCCUCCUUCCAUCACCCUGCCCCAUUCUCCCUCCUUCUAUCACCCCGCCCCAUUCUCCCGCUUUCCAUCACCCCGCCCCAUUCUCCCUCCUUCCAUCACCCCGCCCCAUUCUCCCUCCUUCCAUCACCCCGCCCCAUUCUCCCGCUUUCCAUCACCCCGCCCCAUUCUCCCGCUUCCCAUAACCCCACCCCAUUCUCCUGCUUUCCAUCACCCCGCCACAUUCUCCCGCUUUCCAUCACCCCGCCCCAUUCUCCCGCUUUCCAUCACCCCGCCACAUUCUCCCGCUUUCCAUCACCCCGCCCCCUUCUCUCUCCUUCCAUCACCCCGCCCCAUUCUCCCUCCUUCCAUCAUCCCGCCCCAUUCUCCCGCUUUCCAUCAGCCCGCCCCAUUCUCCCGCUUUCCAUCACCCUGCCCCAUUCUCCCGCUUUCCAUCUCCCCGCCCCAUUCUCCCGCUUUCCAUCACCCCGCCCCAUUCUCCCGCUUUCCAUCACCCCGCCCCAUUCUUCCGCUUCCCAUCAUCCCACCCCAUUCCCCCGCUUUCCAUCAACCCUCCCCAUUCUCCCUCCUUCCAUCACCCCGCCCCAUUCUCCCUCCUUCCAUCACCCCACCCCAUUCUCCCGCUUUCCAUCACCCCGCCCCAUUCUCCCGCUUCCCAUAACCCCACUCCAUUCUCCCGCUUUCCAUCACCCCGCCACAUUCUCCCACUUUCUAUCACCCCGCCCCAUUCUCCCUCCUUCCAUCACCCCGCCCCAUUCUCCCGCUUUCCAUCACCCCGCCCCAUUCUCCCGAUUUCCAUCACCCCGCCCCAUUCUCCCGCUUUCCAUCACCCCGCCCCAUUCUCCCGCUUUCCAUCACCCCGCCCCAUUCUCCAGCUUUCCAUCAUCCCGCCCCAUUCUUCCGCCUCCCAUCAUCCCGCCCCAUUCCCCCGCUUUCAGUCACCCCUCCCCAUUCUCCCUCCUUCCAUCACCCCGCCCCAUUCUCUCGCUUUCCAUCACCCCGCCCCAUUCUCCCGCUUUACAUCACCCCGCCCCAUUCUCCCGCUUUCCAUCACUCCGCCCCAUUAUCCCUCCUUCCAUCAUCCCGCCCCAUUCUCCCUCCUUCCAUCACCCCGCCCCAUUCUCCCGCUUUCCAUCACCCCGCCUCAUUCUCCCGCUUCCCAUAACCCCACCCCAUUCUCCCGCUUUCCAUCACCCCGCCAUAUUCUCCCACUUUCUAUCACCCCGCCCCCUUCUCUCUCCUUCCAUCACCCCGCCCCAUUCUCCCUCCUUCCAUCACCCUGCCCCAUUCUCCCGCUUUCCAUCAGCCCGCCCCAUUCUCCGCUUUCCAUCACCCCUCCCCUUUCUCCCGCUUUCCAUCUCCCCGCCCCAUUCUCCCGCUUUCCAUCACCCCGCCCCAUACUCCUGCUUUCCAUCACCCCGCCCCAUUCUUCCGCUUCCCAUCAUCCCGCCCCCCCCAUUCUCCCGCUUUCCAUCACCCCGCCCCAUUCUCCCGCUUUCCAUCACCCAGCCCGAUUCUCCCGCUUUCGAUCACCCCGCCCCAUUUUCCCGCUUUCCAUCACCCCGCCCCAUUCUCCCGCUUUCCAUCACCCCACCCCAUUCUCCCUCCUUCUAUCACCCUGCCCCAUUCUCCCGCUUUCCAUCACCCCGCCCCAUUCUCCCGCUUUCCAUCACCCAGCCUCAUUCUCCCGCUUUCCAUCACCCCGCCCCAUUCUCCCGCUUUCCAUCACCCCGCCCCAUUCUCCCGCUUUCCAUCACCCCGCCCCAUUCUCCCUCCUUCCAUCUCCCCGCCCCAUUCUCCCGCUUUCCAUCACCCCGUCCCAUUCUCCCUCCUUCCAUCACCCCGCCCCAUUCUCCCUCCUUCCAUCACCCCGCCCCAUUCUCCCUCAUUCCAUCACCCUGCCCCAUUCUCCCGCUUUCCAUCACCCCGCCCCAUUCUCCCGCUUCCCAUAACCCCACCCCAUUCUCCCGCUUUCCAUCACCCCGCCACAUUUUCCCACUUUCCAUCACCCCGCCCCCUUCUCUCUCCUUCCAUCACCUCGCCCCAUUCUCCCUCCUUCCAUCAACCCGCCCCAUUCUCCUGCUUUCCAUCAGCCCGCCCCAUUCUCCCGCUUUCCAUUACCCCGCCCCUUUCUCCUGUUUUCCAUCUCCCUGCCCCAUUCUCCCGCUUUCCAUCACCCCGUCCCAUUCUCCCGCUUUCCAUCACCCAGCCCCAUUCUCCCGCUUUCCAUCACCCCGCCCCAUUCUCCCGCUUUCCAUCACCCAGCCCCAUUCUCCCGCUUUCCAUCACCCCGCCCCAUUUUCCCGCUUUCCAUCACCCCGCCCCAUUCUCCCGCUUUCCAUCACCCUGCCCCAUUCUCCCGCUUUCCAUCACCCCACCCCAUUCUCCCUCCUUCCAUCACCCCGCCCCAUUCUCCCGCUUUCCAUCACCCUGCCCCAUUCUCCCGCUUUCCAUCACCCAGCCUCAUUCUCCCGCUUUCCAUCACCCCGCCCCAUUCUCCCGCUUUCCAUCACCCCGCCCCAUUCUCCCGCUUUCCAUCACCCCGCCCCAUUCUCCCUCCUUCCAUCUCCCCGCCCCAUUCUCCAGCUUUCCAUCACCCCGUCCCAUUCUCCCUCCUUCCAUCACCCCGCCCCAUUCUCCCUCCUUCCAUCACCCCGCACCAUUCUCCCGCUUUCCAUCAGCCCGCCCCAUUCUCCCGCUUCCCAUAACCCCACCCCCUUCUCCCGCUUUCCAUCACCCCGCCACAUUCUCCCGCUUUCUAUCACCCCGCCCUAUUCUCCCUCCUUCCAUCACCCCGCCCCAUUCUCCCGCUUUCCAUCACCCCGCCCCAUUCUCCUGCUUUCCAUCAUCCCGCCCCAUUCUCCCUCCUUCCAUCACCCCGCCCCAUUCUCCCGCUUUCCAUCACUCCGCCCCAUUCUCCCUCCUUCCAUCACCCCGCCCCAUUCUCCCUCCUUCCAUCACCCCGCCCCAUUCUCCCGCUUUCCAUCACCCCGCCCCAUUCUCCCGCUUCCCAUAACCCCACUCCAUUCUCCCGCUUUCCAUCACCCCGCCACAUUCUCCCGCUUUCUAUCACCCCGCCCCAUUCUCCCUCCUUCCAUCACCCCGCCCCAUUCUCCCGCUUUCCAUCACCCCGCCCCAUUCUCCCGCUUUCCAUCACCCCGCCCCAUUCUCCCGCUUUCCAUCAUCCCGCCCCAUUCUCCCUCCUUCCAUCACCCCACCCCAUUCUUCCGCUUCCCAUCAUUACGCCCCAUUCCCCCGCUUUCCAUCACCCCUCCCCAUUCUCCCUCCUUCCAUCACCCCGCCCCAUUCUCUCGCUUUCCAUCACCCCGCCCCUUUCUCCGGCUUUCCAUCACCCCGCCCCAUUCUCCCGCUUUCCAUCACUCCGCCCCAUUAUCCCUCCUUCCAUCACCCCGCCCCAUUCUCACUCCUUCCAUCACCCCGCCCCAUUCUCCCGCUCCCGCCCCAUUCUCCUGCUUUCCAUCACCCCUCCCCUUUCUCCCGCUUUCCAUCUCCCCGCCCCAUUCUCCCGCUUUCCAUCACCCCGCCCCAUUCUUCUGCUUUCCAUCACCCCGCCCCAUUCUUCCGCUUCCCAUCAUCCCGCCCCAUUCUCCCGCUUUCCAUCACCCCUCCCCAUUCUCCCUCCUUCCAUCACCCCGCCCCAUUCUCUCCUUUCCAUCUCCCUGCCCCAUUCUCCCUCCUUCCAUCAACCCGCCCCAUUCUCCCGCUUUCCAUCAGCCCACCCCAUUCUCCCGCUUUCCAUCACCCCGCCCCAUUCUCCCGCUUUCACUCACCCAGCCCCAUUCUCCCGCUUUCCAUCACCCCGCCCCAUUCUCCCUCCUUCCAUCACCCCGCCCCAUUCUCCCGCUUUCCAUCACCCCAUCCCAUUCUCCCUCCUUCCAUCACCCCGCCCCAUUCUCCCUCCUUCCAUCACCCCGCCCCAUUCUCCCGCUUUCCAUCAGCCCGCCCCAUUCUCCCGCUUCCCAUAACCCCACCCCCCCCGCCCCAUUCUCCCGCUUUCCAUCACCCCGCCCCUUUCUCCCGCUUUCCAUCUCCCCGCCCCAUUCUCCCGCUUUCCAUCACCCUGCCCCAUUCUCCCGCUUGCCAUCACCCCUCCCCAUUCUUCCGCUUCCCAUCAUCCCGCCCCUUUUCCCCGCUUCCCAUCACCCCGCCCCAUUCUCCCUCCUUCCAUCACCCCGCCCCAUUCUCCCGCUUUCCAUCACACGCCCCAUUCUCCCGCUUUCCAUCACCCCGCCUCAAUCUUUUGCUUUCCAUCACCCCGCCCCAAUCUCCCGCUUUCCAUCACCCUGCCCCAUUCACCCGCUUUCCAUCACCCGCCCCAUUCUCCCGCUUUCCAUCACCCCGCCCAUUCUCCCGCUUUCCAUCACCCCGCCCCAUUCUCCCGCUUUCCAUCACCCCGCCCCAUUCUCCCGCUUUCCAUCACCCCGCCCCAUUCUCCCGCUUUCCAUCACUCCGCCCCAUUCUCCCGCUUUCCAUCACCCCGACCCAUUCUCCCACUUUCCAUCACCCCGCCCCCUUCUCCCUCCUUCCAUGACCCCGCCCCAUUCUCCCUCCUUCCAUCACCCCGCCCCAUUCUCCCGCUUUCCAUCACCCCGCCCCAUUCUCCCGCUUUCCAUCACCCCGCCUCAUUCUCCCGCUUUCCAUCACCCCGCCCCAUUCUCCCUCCUUCCAUCACCCCGCCCCAUUCUCCUGCUUUCCAUCACCCCGCCCCAUUCUCCCUCCUUCCAUCACCCCGCCCCAUUCUCCCUCCUUCCAUCACCCCGCCCCAUUCUCCCGCUUUCCAUCACCCCGCCCCAUUCUCCCGCUUCCCAUAACCCCACCCCAUUCUCCCGCUUUCCUUCAACCCGCCCCAUUCUCCCGUUUUCCAUCACCCCGCCCCAUUCUCCCGCUUUCCAUCACCCCGACUCAUUCUCCCGCUUUCCAUCACCCCGCCCCAUUCUCCCGCUUUCCAUCAUCCCGCCCCAUUCUCCCUCCUUCCAUCACCCCGCCCCAUUCCCCCGCUUUCCAUCACUCCGCCCCAUUCUCCCUCCUUCCAUCACCCCACCCCAUUCUCCCUCCUUCCAUCACCCCGCCCCAUUCUCCCGCUUUCCAUCACCCCGCCCCAUUCUCCCGCUUCCCAUAACCCCACCCCAUUCUACCGCUUUCCAUCACCCCGCCACAUUCUCCCACUUUCCAUCACCCCGCCCCCUUCUCUCUCCUUCCAUCACCCCGCCCCAUUCUCCCUCCUUCCAUCACCCCGCCCCAUUCUCCCGCUUUCCAUCACCCCGCCCCAUUCUCCCGCUUUCCAUCACCCCUCCCCUUUCUCCCGCUUUCCAUCUCCCUGCCCCAUUCUCCCGCUUUCCAUCACCCCGCCCCAUUCUCCCGCUUUCCAUCACCCCACCCCAUUCUUCCGCUACCCAUCAUCCCGACCCAUUCCCCCGCUUUCCAUCACCCCUCCCCAUUCUCCCUCCUUCCAUCAACCCGCCCCAUUCUCUCGCUUUCCAUCACCCCGCCCCAUUCUCCCGCUUUCCAUCACCCCGCCCCAUUCUCCCGCUUUCCAUCACCCCGCCCCAUUCUCCCUCCUUCCAUCACCCCGGCCCCUUUCCAUCACCCCGCCCCAUUCUCCCGCUUUCCAUCACCCCGCCCCAUUCUUCCGCUACCCAUCAUCCCGACCCAUUCCCCCGCUUUCCAUCACCCCUCCCCAUUCUCCCUCCUUCCAUCACCCCGCCCCAUUCUCUCGCUUUCCAUCACCCCGCCCCAUUCUCCCGCUUUCCAUCACCCCGCCCCAUUCUCCCGCUUUACAUCACCCCGCCCCAUUCUCCCUCCUUCCAUCACCCCGCCCCAUUCUCCUGCUUUCCAUCACCCCGCCCCAAUCUCCCUCCUUCCAUCACCCCGCCCCAUUCUCCCUCCUUCCAUCACCCCGCCCCAUUCUCCCGCUUUCCAUCAUUCCGCCCCAUUCUCCCGCUUCCCAUAACCCCACCCCCUUCUCCCGCUUUCCAUCACCCCGCCACAUUCUCCCGCUUUCUAUCACCCCGCCCCCUUCUCCCUCCUUCCAUCACCCCGCCCCAUUCUCCCGCUUUCCAUCACCCCGCCCCAUUCUCCCGAUUUCCAUCACCCCGCCCCAUUCUCCCGCUUUCCAUCACCCCGCCCCAUUCUCCCGCUUUCCAUCAACCUGCCCCAUUCUCCCGCUUUCCAUCAUCCCGCCCCAUUCUCCCUCCUUCAAUCAUCCCGCCCAAUUCUCACGCUUUCCAUCACUCCGCCCCAUUCUCCCUCCUUCCAUCACCCCGCCCCAUUCUCCCGCUUUCCAUCAACCCGCCCCAUUCUCCCGCUUCCCAUAACCCCACCCCAUUCUCCCGCUUUCCAUCUCCCCGCCACAUUCUCCCACUUUCCAUCACCCCGCCCCCUUCUCUCUCCUUCCAUCACCCCGCCCCAUUCUCCCUCCUUCCAUCACCCCGCCCCAUUCUCCCGCUUUCCAUCAGCCCGCCCCAUUCUCCCGCUUUCCAUCACCCCUCCCCUUUCUCCCGCUUUCCAUCUCCCCGCCCCAUUCUCCCGCUUCCCAUCACCCCGCCCCAUUCUCCCGCUUUCCAUCACCCCGCCCCAUUCUUCCGCUUCCCAUUAUCCCGCCCCAUUCCCCCGCUUUCCAUCACCCCUCCCCAUUCUCCCUCCUUCCAUCACCCCGCCCCAUUCUCUCGCUUUCCAUCACCCCGCCCCAUUCUCCCGCUUUCCAUCACCCCGCCCCAUUCUCCCGCUUUCCAUCACCCCGCCCUAUUCUUCCUCCUUCCAUCACCCCGCCCCAUUCUCCCGCUUUCCAUCACCCCGCCCCAUUCUCCCUCCUUCGAUCACCCCGCCCCAUUCUCCCUCAUUCCAUCACCCCGCCCCAUUCUCCCGCUUUCCAUCACCCCGCCCCAUUCUCCCGCUUUCCAUAACCCCACCCCAUUUUCCUGCUUUCGAUCACCCCGCCACAUUUUCCCACUUUCCAUCACCCCGCCCCCUUCUCUCUCCUUCCAUCACCCCGCCCCAUUCUCCCUCCUUCCAUCACCCCGCCCCAUUCUCCCGCUUUCCAUCACCCCGCCCCAUUCUCCCGCUUUCCAUCACCCCGCCCCUUUCUCCCGCUUUCCAUCACCCCGCCCCAUUCUUCGCUUUCCAUCACUUAGCCCCAUUCUCCCGCUUUCCAUCACCCCGCCCCAUUUUUCCGCUUUCCAUCACCCCGCCCCAUUCUCCCGCUUUCCAUCACCCUGCCUCAAUCUCCCGCUUUCCAUCACCUUGCCCCAUUCUCCCUCCUUCCAUCACCCCGCCCCAUUCUCCGCGAUCCAUCACCCCGCCCCAUUCUCCUGCUUUCCAUCACCCAGCCCCAUUCUCCCGCCUUUCCAUCACCCCGCCCCAUUCUCCCGCUUUCCAUCACCCCACCCCAUUCUCCCUCCUUCCAUCACCCCGCCCCAUUCUCCCUCCUUCCAGGGUUUAGGGUUUAGGGUUUAG